AUUAUCUCAAGGACUUUAAAAGACCUCUGUGUAAGCCACUCAAGAUUAUCUGAUAGACAGGUUAAGUGAUACCUGUAUUUGGAUGUAAAGUUCACAGAUAUUUGUGUUUCUUUUUGCAUUAUUUCAUUUUUGUGGGUUAUCACAUUAAACAGUGCUGGCUUAAUAAUAAAUGAGCAAAAUGGCAAACGCUUAUCUAAUCUCUAAAUGGCGGAUGUACUUCAAGGUUCUUGAUGUCAAAAACGAAGGAUGUGUAACCAAGGAACACAUUACUCAAGACAAGACAAAGUUUGCCCAUUUUCAUCAUCUGGAAGACAAUCGAAAAGAAGAAAUGAUGACAAGGAUAGAGCAAUGGUGGAACAAGUACAUUCUACAAGAAAAACCUGGCCCUAUUUCAGAACAAGAAUUCGUAGAUAUGCUUAAUGAAGAUUUCAAGGCCGACCGCGACAAAUUUGUGAAGAAAAUGCAAACCUGUUUUGAGCAGGCUUUUGAAAUAAAUAAUUUAGAUGGGGGUGAACUGCUCUCCGAGGAAGACUUCGUCAUUGCUUUCCGGGCUGCUGGUCAUGAACAGAUAACAUUGGAGAAGAAGUUCUUUAAUGCUUACAAUCCUGUUGAUGGUCUUGUGCCGAUAAAGCAAAUUGUUGAAUCGUGGGUUCAGUUCAUGAGCAGUGAGGACAGUUCUAAACCAGAUAUUGUUAAAUCGGCUCUAGGAACGGGAGUUUGAUUCAGUGCCCCUGGCAUUUCUUUUUAUAAGGUCGAUGACGACAGUAGCCAUUGUCUAUAGUGACUGCUGUACAUAUUUCAAUGUUGUUUUAACGCCUGUCAAUAGAUAAGGGGUUAACUGACAACUUUUGCCGAUAUAUGAUCACGUUUAAGAAAAUGACACACGUGGUAUGAAAUGCACAUUUUUCUUAUAUUGUUAUAUUUGUUAAACAUCUGAAGUAUGUCGUUCUUUUUUUUAAAUUAUCAUCAACAAUAAUGACUCACACGCUAUAUAUUUUUAUAAUCUGGAUGUGUUACGAGUGUAAAGAUUUAUUUGAUGUUUCAAAUUUAGCUUGAUAAAAUAUAUUUGUAAAAUUAGUAUACAAAACAAUCUAUUAAAUGUUAAGUCUAGAUACACUAUUAAAUAACUUUUAUCAAUU